AUGUCGCCGGCGCCCGUUGCCACGCGCAAAACCGUCCAUGUGGGCUCUCUUGCUCGCGUCCCGUCGCGUUCCGAGUCGCCAGAUCCGAUCUCUCUCCCCGGCGUGACCGACUUCAGGCUUUCCCAACAUGAUUUCCUCACCGACGAUCAGCAACUUGUGUCCAUGGCCGAGGACGACACCGAGUCCAACAGCACCUCCUUCACCCAGACUUCUGAUGACCCAGCCUCAUCUGGCGACGAGUCUUGGUCUCCUCGGUCCAAAGGACGGUUCUCCGCCAAGCUCUCCAAGUCUCCUCUCAGCCCCAGCACCAAGAAUUCGGUCAACGUGACGAACGUCAGCCCUACUGCAGAGAGACAGCUUCCAAGAGAUCGCGACAUCUACGACAUUCCAAGCGACACCGACAACGAAUCCUCGAAAAGGUCCCAGCCCGUCCUGGCCAGAUCGUUGAGCCUUGACAAGUUGAAAAAGCCCAAGGUCACCAAAAAGCAGCGGAAGAGUACCAAGAAGCAUGCCAAGAGACGCGUCAGAAAGCGCGCCGAGGGGCACACGUUGCCAGCCGUACAGCGCCUCGACGCAUCCGUUCCUCACAUCGCGGCAUCGAGCGAGCAGAGCUUCAAGGACAGUGUGUACGAAGGGCGCUCUGAUAAGGCCACAAGGGAGCUCAAAGAGCAGCAGAGCAUGCGGAUUGAAAGAUUCGUUCACAGCUGGAUGAGCUUCAACGAGGCGGUGACGACCGAGAUGACGAAAGAGAAAGCGGCGGAGAGGUCUAGGGAGGUGUUCGAGGGAGAGCCUAUGCUUUGGCUUUGA